AUGAUCUCCACAGCCAACGGCUCGUUCUCGGCCUUUAGGAACAAUUACCUUGCCGUCUACCUCACCGUCAUGAUGAGCGACUGGUUGCAGGGUCCUUACUUGUACGCAUUAUACCAAUCGUACAACUUUUCGAUGUACGACAUUGCGGUCCUGUUCAUCACUGGGUUUGUCUCGGGAGCCGUCUUUGGAACCGUCAUAGCCAACACCGCCGACGUCUGGGGUCGCAAGAAGAUGGCUUUGUUGUUCUGUUUGACUUCGUCGACCGCCAGUUUGAUCCGUCUGUCGAGCAACUACCACUACCUCGUUGUCUCUCACUUGUUGUCCGGUCUCUCGACUGCUCUCUUGUACUGCGUCUUUGAGGCCUGGUACAUCUCCCAGCACCAGCGCAAGGGAUUUGCGCCAGCAUUGAUUGGAGCAACAUUCAGUACGGCGAUUUUCCUCAACGGAUUGGUAGCGAUUUUGGCUGGAAUUGUUUCGAACGUUGCUGUGGAAUGGUCUGGUUCGAUGGCGGCGCCCUUUGUUAUCAGUGCUGGAACUCUUGUCGUUGCUGGAGUGUUGAUCUCGACCUCGUGGGAGGAGAACUAUGGCGAGUCCAAGACGAACGCCUCAGGAUCUGUCCUCAAGACCAUGCUCGAGGGUCUCGUCGUUCUCAAGAGCGAUGUCAAUAUCCUGUCGUUGGGAAUGGCUCAGACGGUGUUUGAGUGCUGCAUGUACACUUUCGUGCUGUUGUAUACUCCCGCCUUGGAGGCUUCGAUCAAAGCCUCGGGCAGCAUGGAGUCGCUCUUGCCUCUCGGAUACCUGUUCUCGGGCAUGAUGUUCUGCAGUAUGAUGGGUUCGGUCGCCUUCAAGAUCCUCUCGAGCCGCGGUGUCAAGACCGACAACCUCCUCUCGCUCGCUCUCUUUGUCGCCGGCGCCUCGUUCUGCUUCAUUGUCCUCAACACCGCCAACACCUCCUACACCGUCUUGGCGUUUUUGUUGUUUGAGUUCACCACAGGAAUGUACUUCCCCUCGAUCGGCACCCUCAGAGCUCAGGCUAUCCCUGAACAGAACCGGACAGGAGUGAUGGCUUUCCUCAGAGUGCCCAUGAACUUCGCGGUCAUUGCUAUCAUGUUGAGAGUCGAUACUAUGCCCGUGACAGAGAUCUUCCAGAUCUGUGCGCUGUUGAACUUUGUUGGUGGAUUGGUUAUCCUCUGGAGGACUUUGGACCCUGCUCGUGGUGCCGGUGGAUAUACUGCCGCCCAGACUGUUGAUGAGGCCCACGAGUUGUAA